AUGGAAAUGGCGAGUCAGUCCGCGACAGGUGCCCGACCGCGGCGUUCGUGCACGUGUACUGUUAGUGAGUGCGCCAGCGCCGCUUUCCCUGCCUCAGUCACCGGUAAGUUUUCACUCCUUCUCGGUGAUGUUUUUCGGUACAGGACGUCACCUUCCGCUCCUGUCUUCCCAUCGCCGCCGGUUAGCUCGCAUCUGUCGUUGUCGGUGCAGCUGCUAGCCGAUCAAUAG